AGAGAGACGUGUCUCACAAGGGUCCACUGUAGGAAACUGACGCCAUUGCGGUUCAAAUGGGGAACUCAAAUGAGUUUAAAGCAACAGUGAAUCGGAACCAAAAUGGCGGCUCACUGUCAGUUCUUCAUCAUAGUGGUGGCUGAUCAGGCGAGCUUAAUCGAUGGUUUCUAAAACUGAGCAAGGUAGUGGAGAAAUUGAAAGAAUGGCUCGGGUGGUGUUUCUCCAUCCGGAUCUUGGUAUUGGAGGUGCAGAGCGACUGGUGGUUGAUGCUGCUGUUGCCCUAAAGUCUCAAGGAUGCAGUGUUCAGAUUUGGACCGCCCAUUAUGAUCCAAAACACUGCUUCUCGGAGACCCUAGACCCAGAUCUUCCUGUGGUGUGUGCUGGCGACUGGUUACCCACCAGCGUGUUCGGCUACCUGCACGCUCUGUGUGCGUACCUCCGUAUGAUUUAUGUGGCCUUCUACCUGGUCUUUCUGAGCGGUGUGGAGUAUGACGUCAUCUUUUGUGACCAGGUGUCGGUGUGUAUACCGGUGCUGCGGUUCUCCCGACGCAGGAAGAAAGUUCUGUUCUACUGUCACUUUCCGGACCAGCUGCUGACCCAGAGGAAGUCAGCCCUGAAGAAGCUCUACAGAGCUCCUAUUGAUUGGUUGGAAGAACGCACCACUGGCAUGGCUGACAUGAUUCUAGUGAACAGCCAGUUCACUGCAGGCGUCUUCAGGGAGACAUUCUGCAGUCUAAACCGCGUCCAGCCCGACGUCCUCUACCCGUCCCUCAACACUAACGCGUUCGAUCAGAUGUCCACGGAAGCACAGGGCCUGCAGGGUCUGCUUCCUGAGGGAGUGUCCCACCUGUUUCUGUCUCUGAACCGAUACGAGAGAAAGAAGAACCUGGGCCUCGCUCUGGAGGCUCUGGCGGUCCUGAGAUGCAGCCUCACGCCCCCUCAGAGAGCGGGUGUUCACCUGGUGGUCGCCGGGGGCUACGAUGACCGAGUUACCGAGAACGUCCAGCACUACAACGAGCUGACUGAACUGGCCGAGCAGCUCCACUUGCGUGACUGCGUCACCUUUAUGCGCUCUCCCUCUGACUCCGUGAAGGUGGUGCUGCUGCAGACCGCCACCGCAGUGCUGUACACGCCCAGCAGAGAACACUUUGGGAUCGUCCCUGUAGAGGCCAUGUACUGCAGCUGUCCUGUUAUCGCCGUGAACUCCGGGGGGCCCCUGGAGAGCAUAGCUGACGAGGAGACGGGCUUCCUGUGCGAGCCCACGGCCGAGGCCUUCUCUAAGGCCAUGGAGAGGCUUAUCAGAGACGCACGCCUACGCAGGGACAUGGGACAAGCUGGGAGGAGGAGGGUGGAGGAGAGGUUCUCUCUUCAGGCUUUCUCAAACCAGCUCUAUGGGUAUAUCGUCCAGCUGAGCAAGUGAUGGGGAAGGAGGACGAAAACUGAAAAUGUGGAGCUGAACAACAUCUCAAAAACAAAAAAAAAAUCUUACUGUUUUCGGUGUAGACUCAUCAAGAAAUGGAAGUCAAUAAUUCAUUAAUAUUGAUAACAAUUACUAGUGAUGGGAAAAAAUAUUCUGGCAGAUUAUUAUGGGAA